GUAAGGUUACAUAUUAAAGAAUGAUGUAGUCUAUAGUAAUCUGUUUUUCUGUUGUAAAUAAUACCUUUAAAAAAUUGUUCCUAUUUAGUGGUGCAAAAAUUGUUAUUUUUGUUCUACUUACCAUGAGUCCUUUAAUCAAGGGAGAGUGGCGGCUUAUGGAUUCAUUCUCUGCAUCAAACAUCCUAGACACAACGCCUGUACCUGGAUCAGUGCCUAGGAAGGCUCUGUACUUCUCUCCUAUUGUUCCUCAAGGACCUAUUCCUGCAGUGACUGAACAAGAAAAGAUUGCAUAUACUUGCUCACAAUGUGGGAAGGUUUAUCAGUAUUUGCAUAAUCUUAAGAAGCAUCAAAGGAUGGAAUGUGGAAAGGACCCACAAUUUGCGUGCCCGCACUGUCCUCAUCGUUCCUAUGCUAAAUGGAACCUUAAUAAGCACAUUCAAAGUCGUCAUCAGGGGCUGUCAGUUCAGUAAAAAUGUUACUUGGAUGCUUGCUAAAUCUAAACAGGUUGCCAUGAUGCGAGAGAAUAUGGAUAAGCAACAAAGUGAACCUUCCUCCUUCCAACGAUUCCCGGAUUGAUAGUUACAUAUGAAGAGAAGUGCGAUAAAGCUAUACAUUGUUGCUUAUCCAUAGUCUCUCAUCUCAUUAUAUAGUUUCACCCUUUAUCACCGAUCAUUCUGUCUCAUAUUUGGCCGCAUGAGCUGAAGCUCAAGGCCAGUCCCCAUUCAUUUACAUAGGAGACAGAUAGAGUCUCAUCUUUCUUUUGCUUGAUGUACAUUCUCUAUUUUGCUCGUUCUUCAACCAUCAACAAAUCUGUUCUAAAAUUUAUCCCACAAUGAAAAGAUAGUUUUGGAGCAAUAAAAUGUUUAUUAUCUUUUUAUUAUAA